CCCCGCCUGCCACACCCCAGGGGACCUCCGUGUUGUGAUGGCCCAGCCACUGCUGUCACUUGCACAAACCUGGCGCCCCAUUCUUGGAGCUACUGGCUGUCUGUAGGGCCCUCCCUCCUUCAGCGACCCUGGGCAGCCUGGGCUUCCCUUCUUCCCUGGCCCUAGGCCCUGGUCAUAGGGCUGCCAGUGAAGCCAGGACAGGAAUGUGCUGAGGGCAGAGCAGCUACUUCGGGGCUGUGCGGCGUUGGUGACAUCCAGGCCCGUGAUGGCCCCAGGGGCCGGGUGAGCGGACUGGGCUCUGAGGCGCAGAUGAGCUGAGGAGCCGGUGGGGAGAGUGGGCGGGACCUCAGGCUCCCUUGAGGAUUCUCUGAGCCCUCCUGAGAAUUCCUGGGUCUCCGUGGCAACCAUCUCCAAGGGACACAGUCAGUGCUCAAGAACCUGGUUACUCGGAGAGAAGGACUAGCGGGGUGGAGCACUUUGUCCGGGCUUGGGCGCCAGCUCUUUUCAGGGUUGGCCAGACCCAAGCCAUCACGUGAGGUAUCCCUCGGUCACGUGACUCGACGCACGUGACCACCAGUGCCGGCUACAGAACUAGACAUGGGUCCACAGCGCGGGGAGACAGUGCACCCCCGGGCCAGUCCCUCUGUCCUGCUGCUGGGCCUGGCGCUGCUCAGCCUGGGGACCUUCCAGCCCUCUGGCAGCCUGUUUGUCCGGCGCUGUGGGGACCCCGAGUUCCGGGAGUACUACUACGAGCAGCUCCUGGACCACUUCAACUUUGAGAGCUUUGGUAACAAGACCUUCGGGCAGCGGUUCCUGCUGUCAGACAAGUUCUGGCGGCGGCCCGAGGGCCCCAUCUUCUUCUACACGGGGAACGAGGGCGAUGUGUGGGCUUUCGCCAACAACUCUGGCUUCCUGGUGGAGCUGGCGCGGCAGCAGGAGGCCCUGCUUGUUUUUGCGGAGCACCGGUACUACGGGCAGUCGCUUCCGUUUGGCGCGCAGUCCACACAGCGCGGUUACGUGCAGCUGCUGACCGUGGAGCAGGCGCUGGCUGACUUCGCCGUGCUGCUAAAGGGCCUGCGGCGGGACCUCGGCGCCCAGGACACCCCGGCCAUUGCCUUUGGAGGGAGCUACGGCGGGAUGCUCAGCGCCUACAUGAGGAUGAAGUAUUCCCACCUGGUGGCAGGCGCACUGGCGGCCAGCGCGCCUGUCGUGUCUGCCGCAGGCCUUGGUGACUCCUACCAGUUCUUCCGGGAUGUCACAGCGGACUUCUACAGGCAGAACCCCAGCUGUGCCCAGGCUGUGCGUGAUGCCUUCCAGCAGAUCAAGGACCUGUUUCUGCAGGGAGCCUAUGAUCAGAUUAGCCGUGAGUUUGGGACCUGUCAGUCACUCUCGGGCCCAGAGGACUUGACACAGCUCUUUAUGUUUGCUCGGAAUGCCUUCACCGUGCUGGCCAUGAUGGACUACCCAUACCCAACUGACUUCCUGGUCACCCUGCCUGCCAACCCUGUCCAGGUUGGCUGCGACCGGCUGCUGAAUGAGGCCCAGAGGAUCACAGGGCUGCGAGCGCUGACAGGGCUGGUCUACAACAUUUCUGGCACGGAGCGCUGUUACGACAUCUACCAGCUGUACCGCAGCUGUGCCGACCCUACCGGCUGUGGCACUGGCUCUGAUGCCCAGGCCUGGGACUACCAGGCCUGCACAGAGAUUAACCUGAAGUUCAGCAGCAACAAUGUGACUGACAUGUUCCCCAUCCUCCUGUUCACUGAGGAGAUCCGCCAGCAGUACUGCCUGAACACAUGGGGCGUGUGGCCCAGACCCAACUGGCUGCAGGCCAGCUUUGGGGGCAACGACUUCAAGGCUGCCAGCAAUAUCAUCUUCUCCAAUGGUGACCUGGACCCCUGGGCCGGUGGGGGGAUACACAGAAACCUUAGCGAGUCUGUGGUUGCAGUCACCAUCCAUGGCGGGGCCCAUCACCUGGACCUCAGAGCCUCUCACCCAGAGGACCCUGCGUCUGUUGUAGAGGCGCGCAAGCUGGAGGCCAGCCUCAUCUGGGAGUGGGUAAAGGCAGCCAGGAGUGAGCAGCCGCCCCCCCAACAAGGCCAGCAGGACUGACUGAGGGGAGCACCUCAGGGGUUCCUUGUGGACCACAGUGGCUAGCCCAGGGCAGGGCUGCUGGUGCACAAGGGCACACGGCUGAGUGGACAUCUAGGGCCAGGCCGGGCACACCCUUCCAGUCCUGUCCAAGGCCCUCACGAGGAGCAGUCAUUGUGCACAGCUGCUGAACCAAUAAACGUUUAAUAAAGCA